AUGGCACGUAAAGGACAAGUAUCUAUACAAGAUAAUGUAGAAACGAACGAGGAAUUCCAGGAUUAUUUGAUAGAACAUAUGGAUCAGCUUAUAUGUAUGGAAGUUUACUCAGACUUUUGCGGCCCGUGUCUGGCCACCAAUAACGCUAUUAGGAAGGGGAAACUAGAAAUAGGUCAAGACAGGAUAGCUAUGGGAAAGGCGUUGGCUGACAAAGUAGACGUCCUAGCAAGGUUUAGAGGAAAGAGUGAACCUGUUUUUCUUUUUAUAGUUAAGGGUAAGCUGACGCGAGCGAUGUUCGGCGCGAACGGCAUCGAACUUUGCCGCAUCAUCGAGGAAGAGCUAGCUUUUAUGAAGAAGGAAUUGGAGACCGGCAUUGAGCGACCCAAGCAACCCAUUGAAGAACUCCUGCCUGAGGAGUCUGAAAAGAUAGAAAUGGAAUUAAAGCAAGAAGAAGAAGCACGUCAGGCGAGAGAACGGAUACGUAUCCUAACGCUGGCCGCGCGUAAGAAGAGGGUAGCGGAAAGAAUGGCCAAGAAUCUCACGCAGCUCAACUUUAUCCUGUACUGGCCCCACUGCCACCAGGCGCAUGUCGAUCUCUACGAGAAGUGGGAUCUCAUUAAUAUCCAAGUUGGCGCUAAGGAAACGAUACAGCUGACGGAGGCGAUGGUGCCCGAAGCGCUGUAUAUGAGCGAUGUGGAGCCGAACGAGGCCUGUGUGCACGCCCUGCUCUCCGGCGAGGUGCUCGUCGUGCUCUUCAAGAUGUUCGACACAGAUACAAGGAACUUUGUCAAGUUACUCCGGUACACGUUGUACGAGGAAAUUCCGAUACCGAAGGAAGACGUGCCGCCGGAGAAGCAGGUGCCCCUGGUGCCGGCCUACGAGCGCUACGCCGCCGUCAGUAAGACCGUGCGCGAGGUGCGUCGCGAGCGUUACGAAGCUAAGCUUGAGAAAUUGCGAUUGGAAAAAGAAGAACAAGAAAGAUUAGCAGCAGAACAAGCGCGGCUAGCGCGUGAAGCCGAAGAGGAGAGAUUAUAUCAGGAGAAGAAGCGGAAGGAAGAAGAGAGGAUGGCUAGGAUACAAGCUGGGUUACCUGCUGAGCCGGAACCGGAAGCAGGUGAAGAAGAGGUAGAAGGAGAAGGUGUUGGAGAAGAAAUCGCCGAGGAAGAAGCACCGGAAAAGGUGGUGGAAGAAGAGGAGGUUUUCCACUCUGAUGUGUCAGUGGAGGGGGAGGACUACAUUCCUCCGGGAGGGCUGUUCGUGCCUGGACUGUACGCGCCGCCUAACGAACUAGCGAAAGCUAAUGGAUUAGCUUUCUUUUUUCCUAAAGUUGUACAGCAGAUAACCACGCUGGAGACUGAGCACUUGCCGCCGCAUGUGUUAGUCAUAUUCUCCGUGGACAAGCGGCACGAGGUGCGCGACGCCAUGAAGCAGUUUCCAGGUGAAAUCAUACAGGCUGGAAUUUUUAUGGGCGAGGACCCUUAUGCUAUGGAACACGUCGCAUUCACCAUAAAGCAGUACGACCAGAUGACGAGACUGAGGAAACAUCGUGACCGUUUAGCGCUUAUGGUCUCUCGCAAGCGUAGCAAUGCUCUCCUGACCCUGGCGGGGCUGAACCCGUGCUAUAUCAGCAGUGAUUUGGAGUCGGGCGAGAGAGACUGUUUGGCUAUGUUCCCUGUGGGCUACGGUGAUGAGUAUGUUGAGGAAGAGAGUGUCGUUGAAGAGGAGCAAGUUGUGGAAGUGAUACCACCAUCUGAACCGGAACCGGAACCAGAGGCAGAUGCGGGACCAGAACCCGAGAAUGAAGACGACGACGAAGAGGACCACGGAGAUGAUUGAAACUUUUGAUAUAACGACUU